AACCCUGUCCUUUCGACAGAUUUACCGAUCGGCGUGAAUGUUGUUUUCAACAAUAGGAAUGGGAAAAUUUGCCACGAAUUCUUGCUCACCACUUCUGUGUGUCAAGAUUUGCAGAAAUUGGAAAGCUCCUUUUUUCGUCUCUCUCUCUUGGAAAGUCAAAAUGGAACAGCUUAUGCUUUGUGUGAGCUGGUUUACUACAACAAUUUCAAACACCUCAUGUGUUUUUAUCGGUGAUUAUCGUAUAAUUAAUCGUGAUAGUGCAGUGGUAGAGGCACUGGAGUAGCUUUGAGAGAGUCCCAAAUACUCUUAUGUGAGAUACUGAUGUUCCGGUGUUCUCUGUGCUAAGAGGCUGUAGCCUUCACGGAAAGGACAUUCUCAGUGUGUGAAGGAAAGAUGAUGGAGCCGUGUUCGUCAAGGGCGUCUAGUUCUCCUCGUCGUAUCUUCUCAGUACCAACAGGCAGUACACACAUAACGUAUGGUCUUAGAUAGAACGGAAAAAGGAUGAAAUCACAGUGAAAGACUGUGAAUAAGAUACCGUACUGUCGAACGCGACUUCCCCCAGUGGUGAUGGCAUCUUCCAACAGGAUAACUGUCUUUGGCGCAAGCUGCUGACGGGGCCCACAGAGGACGCAAUGGAGGUCCUGCGACAGAGCGGACAGCACGCGGGCAAGAUGAGCGCCGGGAGCGGGUCUGGCGUGGCGGCGGCUGCGGCGGCGGCAGCUGCGACGAGUGCGGGCGGCGCCAGCAGCCACAGCGCUGGGGCGGGCGCCAGCGCGGCGGUGCCCAGCCAGCAGAGCCAGGGCCUGGCCGCGCUGCUCGUCAUGGUGGCCGUGCUGUGCUUCAUCGUGGCCUACUGCUGCUGGGGCGCGCCCUGCUGCCGCGCCUUCUGCCGCCGCCGCUGCGCCGCCGCCUGCUGUGCCUGCUGCGGCUGCCGCGCUGACCUCGAGGCCGCCUCGCCCUCGGACCUCGCGCUCAGCGUCGACCAGGGCAUGGUCGCCACGCCCACCAUCAUCCUGCUGCCCUACGGGCGCAUGCUCGUCGUCGACGGGUCAGUCUUCGCCCAGCUCCAGGCUGACACGAGCGGCCUGGACCUGAUAGAGCUGGGCGAGAACGUGGUGCGCGCGCAGCAGCGGCAGCAGCACCCGCCGCGCACGCCGUCCAGUUUGGCGGCGAGCAGCACACCCAGCGUGCUCGAAGUCGACACAGAGACGCUCAGCAAGGACGGCGCCGGAUCGCCCACCAUCUCGCUGCACCCGCCGCCCACCUACGAGUCCAUCUUCGGCUGCUUCGACAUGGCGGACCUGCCGCCCUCCUACGACGAGAUCCUCCGCCAGAUCGAGAUGCGAGAGUUUCGCGUCGCCAGCAGAGGCGGCGGCAGCGACGGCGGGGGCGGCGAUGGCGACACCGGAGGUGGCGGCGAAGAGGAGUGCCUGGCACCUAACGGCCCCCCGCCGGAGGCGGAUAGCCGCCAGCCGGAGGCGCAACCGCUCACUGCGACGAUAGCGGAGGCGGAGGAAGAUUACGAGCCGGGCGACAUACGAGAGAGCAGGGUGUAGCGCGCGAGCUCCCGUCGCCCGAGACAGUUUCUUGAGGCACCGACAGGUGUCUGCGGGAUUUUAAGGACGUUUCCAGUUGACGCAUAUCCGUUUAUCGCAUUUUGUGCAGACAAUAUUGUAGAAUGGUAGCCCGAACGUAUAUUUUGUAUUUAUUGAGACCACGCUUCGACGGUUACUUCAGAUCUGCAUCCGCAGCUUUCUCGCUCAUAAUGUUGUCUUACCUUUCUUUUCGGCGCCUUUUCGUAAGAGACGGCAGAAAACAGUGGCGGAAUAUCGGACUGUAACAAUCUUUGAGAAAAUAGAGUACAACGAUCGCGCAAACAGUCUCAGAUAGUACAGUAGUUUGUAGCUUAAAUAAACGCUCAACAACGAACGUGAUGUUCGCAAAAUCGUACAAUAUUUUCCAUACGUAGGAAGAUUUUUUAUUAUGUACUGAAUAUACAAAACAUUUCACAAGUUUCAGUGUUUAAAAUAAAAUCCUCUCGAUGGGUUUAUCAAUAUUGUACAAAAUAAUUAUGAAUUGCGAAGUAGAGAGAUGGAUUACUUUUAUCGAAAAUUACAUAAGACAUGAAUUUAUUCGUAAGUUUCUAACUGCUAAUUAAGAACGUUGGAUCUCUUUUUUAUUUUCAGUCGUAUUUGUUCCGAUCCAAACUUGCGCAGAAAUUACUUAUUUCUUAAUGAAAUAUUAAGGCAUACAAAACCGUGAGAGCGAGUGUACACAGAUUAUUAUUUAAAUUUCGACGAAAGUUUUUGUCGCUCUCGCUUUGCCCUUUUACUUCUCCGGUUAAAUUUCUGAUAUUCAAACAUACAUUGCUGUCAGUAAACUGUAAUUACUCUAACAUUUGUCCAAAUUCUAAAUGUCGGAAGAUAUCUUUUGUCUUCUCUGAAUUGAUUGUACAGCACUUACAUAAGACGAUCGCUUGAAGAUUCAAGCAUACUGUAAGCUUUUGCAAUUUCUCUGUAAAAACUCUGUUUUUCAUUGUCCGAUAAAAUCUAUAUCAUGCUGAAA